AUGGACUCGCGGGUAAAAUUUCUCGAUGAAUUGAUACUGGCGAUUAGAAGCUCAUCCAGUCCUGAACCUACUGGCUCCCAAGGUCCCACGCACAAUGACAGCUUUCCGUUAGCCGCUCCUCAUGCUGGCGAUCCAAAAGCGACUAAGGUUUUGAAAACCCUGGUUAAAAACCUUCAUGAAGCAAGAUCGCCACCGGACAUCUUCUACAAAUCUAUCGAAGCACUUGACAUGCUGAUACAGAUGAAACCUUACAUUCUUCAUAUACCUGUUGCUGGCGUUUCAGAUGAAGUCGGCAUUAUAUGGCUUCUCUCAAAGUUACAUGACAUUUCAUGCAUUCACUGGGAAAGAAACUCGUAUUUGUGGGUGAUACGGCGGAAGCUUUUUCAAUGGUGUCAGUUAAUCUCUGAUACCGAUGGCUUGAAUUGGAGUGUCACCAUUUCAUCUCACCUUUUCAGCCAAUUGACAAGGAAAGAAGAAGCUCUGAGAAGCUAUCUUUCUGGCAAUGGAGACUCACAUAUGUUUGUUGAAUUGGCAAAAAGCAUACAUGUUCUAUGUCAGUGGGGAUGUUGCAAAGAGAUAAAAUCUGUGUUAGCUUCAUUUGACACUGAUUUGGACUCCAACAAAUGGGAAUGGUUUUUCGAACGUCUUCUACGCAUUGUAUUCUAUGUUUUUGAUUCUGUAAUCCUGGACACUGCCGCCUUCGACGAGCUGCUAUCGAAAUUUAUCGUUUUAGUUGCGGAUUAUGUCAUUAACGGUCGACACCAAUUUCAUCGCAUGGAGAGACGACUCACAUCAGAUACACAUCUGAAAUUUUGCCUUGGCAUACUUUACAAGUAUCUUCCGUAUAUUAGCGAUUGGGAUAAAAUGCAAGACACGACAGUCGCCAAAUCGCUACUUCGUAUCUACUUGCUUGUUAUCAGAGAUUCAUUUCUGUAUCAAACUUUUGAUGAUAAUUUUCCUCUAAUUCAAUGGUAUAAUACAGAAUGUGAUACUAAUCAACCCUUUAAAUUUGGGAAAUUCACAAAUAGAGCAUUGUCUAUUAUACUUUUUGAUAUGCAGAGGCGAUCUGCAGAUCCCCAGUUAUUAAGCAAUGAAGACGGAGUUAUGUGCUUGAAAUCUGAGGAAUAUGUAAUGCUUCAAUCUCAAGUUUCAUUAGCAUUUACGCAAAGCCGGCAAUUGGAAAAUUUGCGGAAAUGUAUAUUAGAGUCAUUCAAUAGUCCGAAGGAGACAGUACUGGAUAAGGAUUUUACUCUUUUUGGACUACAGGCGGAAAAUCGUGAUUUAGCAACUUAUUUCGGGGAACUUGAACGCAGCAUAAUCCACUCUUUUCAAUCUGGUAAUCAGCAUAAACUUGUAUACGCUACGAGACUAUUGGGUAAAAUGGCCUGUUUGGAAAGUUCUUCUAUGGCCACUUUACAUAAGGAGUCGUUUUGUGAACAAUGCGACCAUCUAUCACCAGGGAAUCCAUUUGUUGGUAUAAAUCCUGCCAGGCCAGAGGCAAAGCUAAAGAGUACGGCAUUUCAGAUUUUAGUUCGUUAUUUUCUGAACUGUGAUACAUUGAUUGAAUUCAGCGAGUCUCUUCUCAGUGGAAUUCUUUUGGCGCUGAUAAGAAUAUUUACACAUUUCCAGCCUCCUCCACUCUCUGUCAAAGAGCAGCAAAUUUAUGAUCAUACUGCGGCGUUUCAGUUUUUCCAUAACUCCUUUGUGAAUCCUAAUAGGUAUCUCAGAAUUUUAAGUACAAAACUGCUGCCUUUGUGGAAUUUUUCUGCCAAACACAACUUUGAAGAUCAACACACAGCGGUGCUGAUACAUUUUCUUCAAUCAAACGUCUCUCAAUCUAUAAUCGAAACUUCAUUAAUGGCAUGGGUACAAUUAACUCUGACAACUUCGGGGGAAAGUUUUGAUUCAUUACUUCUCAAAUUAGUUGAUAUAUUCAACUCUACUAAUUUUGUUGAGCGCUCUAUGAUGGGCCCUCAGUUAAGGUAUAUUGCUUCUCUGACUAAAAAAACCCCCUAUCAGUUAUUAUCUCCCAUCCUGCCCAUAAUGUUAAAGCAGAUAGGGAAGAAUCUGGUCGAGCGAAAGUUGUCCUUUGAAAGGCUAGUGGAAUUUGUGGAGUACCCCUCAAAGACAAUCUUAGAAAACUUUCAAAGAUACAUUAUUCCUUACGCCAUAUCCCAAUAUAAAAAUGAUGUUAUCACCGAAGUUGCCAACAUCAUGUGUGACUAUGAUGCAAGCGCACUAUCAAAGCAAAAGGAAAGACUGCUGGACAGAAACAGUCGCCAAAUAUUUGCAGUGGCCCUUGUAAAGCAUGGGUUUUUUUCGCUCGAUACUUUGGAGACAUUAUUUCUUAACUGCGUUCCCACUUUUGACAAAAGCUACGUAAUUGGAUACCUUCCCGAUUACCGAACUUUGGCUGAAGUUCUUAAACUAUACAAUAACGUCGAAGACUCUAAUAAGUCGGUAGCAGAUAAUGAAAAUAUGGUUCUUUGUUCUUUAAGGUUUCUAGUUACAAAUUUUGAAAGAGAGAAGAGGCAUGGGUCAAGAUACAAAUCAAUUUCAGAGUGGACCGCUGAUCAAGAAAGCGCCUUUCAAAGCAAAUUACAGGAUAACAUUCUUGGUAUUUUCCAAGUAUUUUCUAGCGAUAUGCACGAUAUUGAAGGAAAAACUACAUACUAUGAGAAGCUAAGGGUGAUAAAUGGCAUUCAUUUUUUAUUGAAAUAUUCAUCCAGCGAAUGUAUCAUUUCAGCACUAGCACAAAUUAGCAUAUGCUUACAGACUGGUCAAGAAAUAACCGAAAUUCAACUCAACACUUUUAAGUGUUGGUUAUUUUUAAUAAAGAGACUAAAUGAAGAGCAACUCUCCACGGUAAUAGAUAGCUUGGUACCUUUUGCUCUACAAAAAUGGGAAACCUUCAAUUUGAAAGUGAAACUUGCAAUUACUGAUAUCAUUACCACUUUAAUGGAUGAGAAGAAGAAUCUCAUCUUGAAUUCUAAGCCGCACAUUACCUGGGCUCUAUUGAAUAAACCUGAGAUCAAUAUCCUUGAGAAGAACAAGUCCUUCGCAAGAAUGAUUAAUAAAGUUCUUUUGAGGACAAACUGGUGCCGCGAAUAUGCUGAUAUUUUGCGGAGUAACAACAAGUAUGUGAUCCUUCAGAGCUUGCAUGACGUGCGAUAUUUUCUAAAACGCAGGCAAGCCGAACGAAUGUUGCAACAGGACGCAAAAGAGGAGCCUGAUAGUGAUUUGCCAGUCUUACUUGGAAGUCUUUUAGAUGCCGCCUAUAGAUUCAGAGUCUCAGAUAUCGGCAUCAGCCAAAAGUGUGCAAGUUGUAUUAGCAUAAUUGGAGUUCUGGAUGUUACUAAGUAUCAACUCAUUCGAAAAUCUACUCAUAUGGAUGACGUAUAUGAUUUCAAUGAUAAAAACCAAACAAUAAAGUUUUUGAUUAACAUUAUCAAUAAAAUAUUGGUUCCCGCCUUUUGGGAAAGUGAAAACCCCACCAAACAGCUCUUUGUUGCUCUGGUAAUGCAGGAAUCUUUAAAGUAUUGUGGGCUAAGUUCUUCCUCUUGGGAUGUCCACAAACCUAAUCUUUAUCCAGACGAAGCCAAGCUGUGGGACAGGUUUGACGAUACCUCAAAGACAACGCUUUAUCCGCUCUUGUCUUCGCUAUAUCUUGCGCAGUCGUGGAAAGAAUAUGUUCCAAUAAAAUAUCCAUCAUUUAAUGUGAAGGAGAGUUAUCGGGCGUGGGUAAAAAAUCUUACGCUUGAUUUGCUUAAGACAGCUACUAGUGAGGAACACCCCUUGCAUGUCUUCUCUUCUUUAAUUCGAGAAGAUGAUGGUUUUCUAUCUGAAAACCUCCUUCCUUAUAUUGUUAUGGACAUUGUGAUAAAUGCAGAAAAAGGUACCGCUGCAGCAGAUCUGCUACAAAACAUAAAAGUCGAGUUUGAGUACAUUUUCGAAUAUGAGUUGCGCUCGUUAAAUCAUUUUCAGAUAGAUUCACUUAAAAUGUGCUACGACACAAUCUUCAAAGUUUUUGAGUAUUGCAAAAAGUGGAUAACUCAGUUUAAGCAAGAAUACAAUCGACGGAAUGGAACCUUUACUAUUCGCGAGAAAAAGUAUCUGAACAUGCUCGAAAGAGCAGACCUUUUUCUAAAAAUCAUCCCAUUUGGUGUGAUGGCACAGAGAUCGCUUGAAACAGACUCUUUCGAGCGUUCGGCGCUUUACUUGGAACAAUCUUAUCGCUUAAAAGACGAGAAAUACUUCGGAAAUGACAAACUUCUUCCCUAUUUGCAAACUACUUAUGCAGAAAUCGGCGACAUCGAUUCUGUUGAGGGUGUAUUGAAGGUUUUUUCUGCCGGUAGUAUUGCAUCGAAGAUUGAAGAACUACAGUAUUCUGAUAACUGGUUAAUGGCACAGCAAUGUUAUGAAGCUUUGGGCGACUCUACAGGCUCUAGUGCAAGGUAUGAACAAUUAUGUGGAUCAGCCACCACUAAAAUGUUGAAGUCUAUGUAUCAACAUCAGUUAUAUGAUCAAACUUUGGUUAAACUCAGCACUCUUGCUCCUACUAAUGUGCGAACUCUUAAAGCCCCCCAAGAUGAAUGGUAUAGCAUGGGGUUGGAAUGUGCCUAUCUCAGCGGCAAUCAUGAAGUUUUAACGGAGUGGACUCGAAAGGUGGAAGCACUAGAGUUUGUCGAAGAUCCAAGUGUUCUAUUGCAUUACAACUUCGCAAAGGCACUACUAUCCGUUUCCCAUAAUGAUAGUCGAAAAAUGAAAGAAUUCGUUGAUAAAUGUUUCAAGCUCAUUGGUACACAUUUUACUGCUCCAUCAGCCGGUACAACACUUUUGAAAAGAAGAGAUAUUUUACUUAAAUUACACGCAUUGCGUGAUGUUUUAACUAUUUCGAAAAGCACAUCAUCAUACCAAUUUAUUGAUGGCCUCACUAUCUUAGAUUCUCGCCUUCAAAAAGUAGGACAAGACUUUGAACCUAAUCAUUUUCUACUCUCAGUUAGAAAAUCGUAUGACUUAUUGCUACAUGAUGAACCUGCACAAUCGGACUUGGCGAACACAUUUUUCAAGAUUGCUCAAAUAUCUAGGGUUAAUUCAAGAGUUGAUUUGGCUAAUUCUUCGUUAAUGCGCGCACUCAAGUAUGAUUACCCUUCCGCCGAGCUAGAAUAUGCAGAAAUUUUGUGGAAGCAGGGUGAAAAUGAUAAAGCGCUCAAGCUAGUUGCAGAAAUUAAUGAGAAGUUCAAGCAGAAUCCUAGUUUGCAGCCAAGAGAAAAGGCAAAAGUUUUACUUAAAUACACAGAGUGGCUGGAUAUGUCUAAUAACUCCGUUUCAGAGCAGAUAAUAAAGCAAUACAAUGACAUUAUUCGCUUAGAUCCGAAGUGGGAUGAACCAUAUUAUUCAUUUGGGCUAUAUUUCAGUAAGCUCCUCGAGAAGAAAAAUGCGGAAGGUCAUAUCACCACAGGCCGCCUUGAAUUCAGAUCAGUUUCAUACUUUCUUCUAGCAUUUGAAAAAAAUACUUCAAAGAUCAGAGAAGCGUUGCCCAAAGUUGUCACUUUUUGGCUGGACAUUGCGGCUUUAUCGAUAACUGAAAACUCAGCUGGUCGUCGCGAAGUUUUGAAAAGAUCCACUGAUGACAUCUGUAAACGUAUCGAGUCCGCUGUGAAGAACUGCCCCACUUUUAUUUGGUACUCUGUUCAGACACAAUUGCUUUCUAGAUUAUUGCAUGUGCACAAAGUGUCAGCUCAGUUGAUAAUGCAUAUUCUUCUAAAUUUAGCGAUAGAGUAUCCGGCACAUGUGCUAUGGUAUAUUUCUGUUUUAUUGAACUCCAAUUUCUCUGAAAGAGUUACUCACGGUUCCCAAAUAAUGGAACGUUUCAAGCAACACUCCCUGAAUUCUGAAAAUCUAGUUGCUUCAUCACAAGAUUUAGUUAAGGCGCUUACUUUUGUCUGUACUAAGGAUGUUAAAUCGUCAUCAAGCAGGGCAGGGCGAUCUUUGGAAAAAGACUUCAGUUUCAAUAUGAGCUUCGCACCAUCUGGCAUGGCAGUUCCAAUAAACGCAAAUAUGGAGAUGCUCUCUCCGUCAUCGGCAGAGAGUGUAAAAAAGUACCAACCUUUUAGACCAGUAAUUACAAUUGCAAAGUUUGGGUCAUCUUAUAAAGUAUUUUCGUCCUUAAAAAAACCCAAAAAACUAAACGUCGUGGGAUCAGAUGGGAAGAUAUAUGGGAUAAUGUGCAAGAAAGAAGAUGUUCGUCAAGACAAUCAAUAUAUGCAAUUUGCUACAACUAUGGAUUUCCUUUUGAAAAAGGAUUUGGCUUCAAGGAAACGAGAUCUGGGAAUUAUAACUUAUUGCGUAUUAUCAUUGAGAGAGGACUGUGGUCUACUUGAAAUGGUUCCUGAGGUCACUACUUUGAGAUCUAUUCUCGUCACCAAAUAUGAUAGUAUGAAAAUCAAAUACAGCCUCAAAUCACUGCAUGAAAGAUGGCAGAGCUUGCCAGAUGAUCAAAAAUUAGGAUUCUUCCAAGAUUUAACAUCCAAAUUUCCUCCCGUACUUUACCAAUGGUUUUUAGAAAUUUUCCCGGAUCCUACCGCAUGGUACAAUGGCAGAAAUAUGUUUGCCAGAUCUUACGCCGUGAUGGCUAUGGUGGGGCAUAUUCUAGGGCUUGGUGACCGUCAUUGUGAAAAUAUUCUUCUUGAUGUUAGAACAGGGAAAGUUCUGCAUGUAGAUUUUGAUUGCCUGUUUGAAAAGGGUAAAAAGUUACCAAUACCUGAGAUUGUGCCGUUUAGGUUAACUCAGAAUUUGAGUGAUGCAUUAGGAAUAACUGGCACUGAGGGCACCUUUAAAAAAUCUAGUGAAGUUACUUUAGCACUGAUGAGGAACAAUGAAGUUGCUUUGGUUAAUAUCAUUGAAACCAUCAUGUAUGAUAGAAACAUGGAUCAUUCAAUCCAAAAGGCAUUGAAAGUCCUGAGAAACAAGGUACGAGGAAUUGAUCCGCGAGAUGGCUUAGUUCUGAGUGUUCCAGGUCAAGUUGAGACUGUAACUCAAGAAGCUGCUUCGAAGGAAAACUUAAGCAAGAUGUACGUUGGCUGGCUGCCUUUUUGGUAA